AUGUUUAAGUCCAUAUCACUAAUUGUCGUCGUCUUGGCGACAAUAGCUUUUGCUAAAGAAGAUUCUAGUGGAAAGAAAAAAGAAGAUGUUGGUACAGUAAUUGGUAUUGAUCUUGGUACAACAUAUUCAUGUGUUGGUAUAUUUAAAAAUGGUCGUGUAGAAAUUAUUGCUAAUGAUCAAGGCAAUCGUAUAACACCAUCAUAUGUUGCAUUUACUGCUGAUGGUGAACGUUUAAUUGGUGAUGCAGCUAAAAAUCAAUUAACAUCAAAUCCUGAAAAUACAGUAUUUGAUGUAAAACGUCUUAUUGGUCGAGAAUUUAAAGAUCCAAGUGUUCAAUCCGAUAUAAAACAUUUCCCAUUUACUGUCGUUGAACGUAGAUCUAAACCAACAAUCUCUGUACAAAUUGGAACUGAACAAAAAUUUUUUGAACCAGAAGAAAUUUCUGCUAUGAUACUUAGUAAAAUGCGUGAAAUAGCUGAAGCCUAUCUUGGUCAUAAAGUUACACAUGCUGUUGUUACUGUACCAGCUUAUUUUAAUGAUGCUCAACGUCAAGCAACUAAAGAUGCUGGAACAAUCUCAGGUUUAAUCGUAAUGCGUAUUAUAAAUGAACCGACAGCUGCUGCUAUUGCCUAUGGUCUUGAUAAGAAAGAGGGAGAAAAGAAUAUAUUAGUUUUUGAUUUGGGUGGUGGUACAUUCGAUGUAUCACUUUUAACAAUUGAUAAUGGUGUAUUUGAAGUUGUUGCAACAAAUGGUGAUACACAUUUAGGUGGUGAAGAUUUUGAUCAACGUGUUAUGGAACAUUUUAUUAAAUUAUUUAAAAAGAAAACUGGUAAAGAUGUACGAAAAGAUAAUCGUGCUGUACAAAAAUUACGACGUGAAGUUGAAAAAGCUAAACGUACAUUAUCAUCUCAACAUCAAGCUAAAAUUGAAAUUGAAUCAUUCUUUGAUAAUGAAGAUUUUAGUGAAACAUUAACACGUGCUAAAUUUGAAGAAUUAAAUAUGGAUUUAUUUCGUUCAACAAUGAAACCAGUACAAAAAGUCUUAGAAGAUUCUGACUUAAAAAAAUCUGAUAUUGCUGAAGUUGUUCUUGUUGGUGGUUCAACACGUAUACCUAAAGUUCAACAAUUAGUUAAAGAAUUUUUUGAUGGAAAAGAGCCAUCGCGUGGUAUUAAUCCUGAUGAAGCUGUUGCUUAUGGUGCUGCUGUUCAAGCUGGUGUACUUUCAGGUGAAGAAAAUACUGGUGAUCUUGUUUUACUUGAUGUUAAUCCAUUAACUAUGGGUAUUGAAACAGUUGGUGGUGUUAUGACCAAAAUCAUUCCACGUAAUACAGUUAUCCCAACAAAGAAAAGUCAAGUUUUUUCAACAGCUGCUGAUAAUCAACCAGUUGUAACCAUUCAAGUAUAUGAAGGUGAACGUCCAAUGACAAAAGAUAAUCAUCUUUUAGGUAAAUUUGAUCUUACUGGUAUUCCACCAGCACCACGAGGUGUACCACAAAUUGAAGUUACUUUUGAAAUUGAUGUUAAUGGUAUUCUUAAAGUUACUGCUGAAGAUAAAGGCACAGGAAAUAAAAAUAAUAUUGUUAUUAAUUCAAAUACAAAUCGUUUAUCACCAGAAGAAAUUGAACGUAUGAUAAAAGAUUCUGAAAGAUUUGCUGAAGAAGAUAAAAAAGUUAAAGAUCGUGUUGAUGCUAAAAAUGAGCUUGAAUCAUAUGUUUAUUCAUUAAAAACACAAAUAGCUGAUAAAGAUAAACUUGGUGGUAAAUUAUCAUCAGAUGAUAAAUCAACUAUUGAAAAAGAAAUUGAAGAAAAAAUCAAAUGGCUUGAUGAAAAUCAAGCAUCAGCUGAUGUCGAUGACUUUAAAGCACAAAAGAAAUCUAUUGAAGAUGUUGUUACACCAAUUAUGACUAAACUUUAUCAAGGACAACAACCACCACCUGGUAGUGAUGUUCCACCAAGUGGUGAUGAAGGAAACAAAGAUGAAUUGUAA